AUGUUUACGUUCAGUCCUCUAUCGUUGUUUGGAAAAGAAGCGUUACUUGGUCACCACAAGUGGCCUUGGAGAAUCAUCAGACAGCAGUUUGCCAACAAGCUACAAGCUCUGGCCCGAGGCACAGACUUGAUAGUUCUCCCAGUAGUUCUUGCGUUUACCGACCUUGUGUUUCAUGGCUUCGUGAGCACGUUUUCAUUUUGCAUGAUGUUUAGCCAGAUAUUCCAUGCUUGGGCUCAUGAGACCAAGAGCAAGCUUCCACCUCUCGUGGUGACGUUGCAGGACAUGGGGCUGAUCCUUUCACGGAGAGAGCACGUGGAACAUCACCGAGCACCGCAUAACAACAAUUACUGCAUAAUGAGUGGUGUUUGGAACAAGAUUUUGAACGAAAGUAAAUUCUUUGACGCAUUGGAAAAGAUUUUAUAUUUUCAGUUUGGGGUGAGACCGAGGUCAUGGACCGACCGUAACUCCGAAGUGACAGAAGAAACCAGCAUCUCCAACAACAUUGAUCAAGCAUAA